AUGGCGCCUGCCGCCUCCCUGGUCUUUGACACCUGGUCUACAGGGGCACCUGCGGGCUCGAGUGCUGUCUCGGGCAGUAACCGAAGACUCCAGCAGACACAGAAUCAAGUGGAUGAGGUGGUGGACAUCAUGAGGGUCAACGUGGAUAAGGUGUUGGAAAGAGAUCAGAAGCUCUCGGAAUUAGAUGAUCGCGCGGACGCGCUGCAGGCUGGAGCUUCCCAGUUUGAAACCAGCGCGGCCAAGCUGAAGAGAAAAUACUGGUGGAAGAACUGCAAGAUGUGGGCGAUCGGGAUCGUCAUCGUGGUCGUCAUCAUCAUCAUCAUCAUCGUGUGGAACAUUUCCCCGUGAAGAACCAGCGUCUCCAGCCUGCCGUUCGAGAACCCUCUUCCGGACGUUGGACCCAGAACCUGCUAUCCUCUCGAGCUCGCCUCCUGUUCUGUCUAAAGUGAUUAUUUCGUGUUUGUUACUGUCAAGUUUGAGUUCUAGAAAACGUGCCUUUGUUGUCGUAAGCACUCUAGAUUUGAAGUGCGGCCGCCCGGCCCACGCUUGGCCCGGCGCCUGCAGACCGCCCCGUGGCCGAGGAGGGGACUUCUUGACCCUCUGGAAUGAGCGUCGUGACCCAGAUGUCCCGCUGUGCAACUAACUGCCACUAAUUCCAGUUCAGGGAACGUGUUCCCAAGUCCGCCCUCCCUGCCACACGGCCCCUCCAGAACCGCAUUUUAAACCUUCAGGUAAUCAGAAUUCCAGUCUGUGCCUUCCAGAAAGAACACUACUGCCUGACGCGAAUCCGUAACCAGGUUGUGCCUUAUUUUGCUAUUUUUCUGACCCCCCGUAAGAACUCUGUGCCGUUUGUAAGCACUACUGACUCUUGCGCUGUAUUUAAAAAUAAGAUUCUGAUAAAGAGUUUUUGCUCUUACUCUAGGUAGGAAGAUGUUUACUUUCCUGUUACUGUUUUUAUAUCACUUGCUAAAAAUAUUAUUUUCAUCAGAAAUAAUCGCCUCCUUAAAACAUUUUUACAGAGCUAAGGCCAUGACCAAAGUUUCUAUUUUGCCAAAAAGUUAAAUGCCAGUUCAGUGUCCUUAAGUCUGUGGCCAACAGAUACAUUCAAGAAAGUGACAAAUGGAACUUCAGGUGCCCUUCAAAAUUAAAAUGACAAAUAUUGUCUGUGAACCUUCUGCAUCAUAAGAGGCCUUUCUUGCCUGGGAGACGCUGUCUGUGGUGCAGUUCUGAUGGGGUCUCCCGGGAGGUAGAGGAGGUCUGAGCUGGACCCCGGCCCCUCCUACCUCGGCGCUGAGCUCCACGCAGCAGUUUGCAGGCCGUCGGCUCUGGGCUCCGGUAGGUGUCUAGUAAUUAUGGAGCAACCAUUUUGCAGCCUUCGAGUGAGACCCGUCUUGAACUGGUCAUUAAGUGGGCCCGUCCCCAGAGACCUUCGCUUUUGGGGGUUGGUUUCCUAUCUUUAUCCAUAUCUCACUUCCUAAAUCUGUCUUCUACAUGAUGCUUUCGGUGAGGCAGUGGUCAGGGCCCUUCUCACAGAGAACAGCUAGCCAGAGACGCUUUUCCCUUGUCGCUGUCAAGUCCGUCUGCACCAGAGGCUGCUUUGGAAGUAGCUUUGUCACCUGAGGGGGCGUGUUGUGUAUGUGAGACUUUCACCGUCAGAUCGUGCGGCUUACGGAUGGGCAUGUAGGUGGGAGUGACAGCGGGCAGGGGCGCCGGCGGAGAAGUCCGGGGGCCAGCACUCCGGCCCCGUGUUCCCAGAGGAUUCUGAAGUUCCCGGUCGCGUGCUCGCGUGUGACCCACAGAGCAGCCACAGCGGAGGCGCACCGGGGGCUCGGGCCGCGCUUGAACAUCUGUCUGUUCCCCCGCUGCGACGGGAGCGGCCGUCACCUGUCGGGACACUAGCUCGCCCGAGGCCCGGCCCCGCGCAACCCAGGGGCACCUCGCUUGUGUCUGUGCGUCUGGCUGGGAGCUUGCCCCGAUAAUGAACUGAAUAAACUGUUUAUGAACUUGA